AUGAUGAUCUUACCUACGGUAUUGUUGAUGAACUUCAACCCAACUCCUCUGUGCCGAACCGUUGAUAAACCAUUGAUGAUUCGGGGAAAUUAUAGCUUGGCCAAGGAGGUGCGCCAAAAUGAGCUGAAACAGAGACAGAAAAUCCAACAGCGACAGAAGCAUCAGCACCGGUUACAGAAGUUGCAGCUGCAAGACCCGAUAAGGCUCUAUUUCCAGAUUCAGAAGCUUGAGGCAUCCCAACCUGACACUGACCAGCAAACUCGAUUAAAACGGCUCAAAGAAGAUUGGAAAUUUAUUGAAAAAAAUAAGCUUCACGAUGAGAAACUACGGCCCUUUUUAGAAGAGCAGAAGCGCAAACAGGAGGCGAAACGAAAGGCCGAGUCUAAACUCUGGGGGAAACAGUCUAUCUACUUCAAUCCCGAGUUGAAUCCGUUAGGAAAGGUUCCAGAUGUACAUAACAUUCUGUAUGAGAUAAGCGGAACACUCUCUAAUCUUACUCUGCCGAUAAAAUCCCGGAAAAAGUACGAGAAGGACCCGUUGCUUGAAAGUUUACAGGUGACUAUUCCUGAAGGACCCAGACCACAGUUCUACAAGCAGGUUCAGAACACCAAGAUUCAGAAAAAGACAAAUAUGAUAGAUCCAAAGGAAGAAAAGGAGGAAAACCAUGCUUUGGAGCCACAACCAAAGAGGAAGUUCAAAAAAACAAAUUUAGACUCAGACAGUGAUGCAGAUAUCCAUUCUGAAGAAGAAUGGGACUCCAAGAGACAACGAUUCUGA